AGGAUAUUUUCUUCAAGAAAUAGAAGAAUAUCGUUAAAGCAGUAAUACUAAUAUAAGCAGAAGCGCAUCAGUAUACGGCAAUAGUGGUUCCUGACGUGCGUUUGUGGACGUUGUACGUCAACACAGGGCGUUGAAGUCUUGAAGAUGGAGGAGUUCCCGGCAUCGCACACCACGGCCACGGUGCCCGUGGGGGAGCCCGAGAAGAAGCUCUACGUCAAUUCAGCCUACAUGAAGACCAAGUAUGGCAAGCUGAAGAUUGGUCAUCUGGUUAUAUGCAUCAUAGUCUUCAUAUGCACAAUGCUGUCAAAUAAUCCACGCAGCGACCCGGCAAACUGGCUAAGUUUCGUGGCCAUGGGAGGAUUCUGGGCCUCGGGCUUGUUGCUCUUCCUAUUUGUGAUCAAUCUCGUCUCCUUCCUUGCAAUCAUCCCUUGGCUGAAACUAGAGCUUGUAUAUACUACCCUGUGGACAUUCUUUUGGUUUGUAUCUGGAUGUGUAGCUUCAAGUAAUGCCAUGAAUGUAUAUGGAGCAGAUGCAUUUGCUGCUGCAGCCUUCUUUGCAUUUGUCGCAAUGUGCAUCUAUGGAUUUAAUGCAUUUCUGUUCUUCAAAGAAUGGCGUGAAAGUGUUAAUAAUUCCUCUUUCAUUCCUCAAACUACCACUUCAGCUGCAAAGCCCUCAACAACUGUGUCAAAUGCCAAUGAGAAAUACUAAGACCAGGUACUGAAAAUAUUUACAUCAACCAUCAUGAUAUGAGGAUGUAGAGAAAUAGGACUUUCAUAAUUAAGCAGAGGUUGUUAAUGUACCACUCUUUCAGAUGUUGUUUAGGUUGUGCAUAUAUAUUUUUUUUAUAGUAUUAUAGAGUACUAUUUGCUUGUAUAACUAGACUUUAUAUGUAUAUAUAUUUUGUUUGUUUCUAGAUAUACAGUAAUUUGUAAUCAGUAUCUAAUUAUGUACUUAAAUUGUGUUUUACUUAUAUAUUUUCUCAGAUUUUGGUGGUAUUUACUUUUGUUUGAGUACGAUGUAAAGCUUUAAUUUUUUCACAUUUGUUGUAUUUAUGAUUUUUGGAGAUUCUUUUAGAAAUGUUUUAUUUAUUCCCUCUCUUUUGUUGUAUGGGUGAUUUUAACUUGUCUCUUAGGAAAACCUUUUUUUUUAGUACAGAUUUUUGACAAACCUUAAAUAAUGGGGUACCUUAAAAACCUUAAAUUAACUUCAAAAAUGAUAAUUUCCUUAAUUACCUCUUACCCCAAUUGUAAUGGCUAAACAUUGUCUGUAGGCUUGAGAUUUCUGCAUAUUUAGGAUCCUUUGACACUCGAUUAAUCUCAUUUAUUUGAUGUGUCUAACGAAAAGAAAAUGUUGAGACAGCGUUUUUGUAUAGAUCCCCAUCCCCUUGAAAAAAAAAAUUCUUUGGGGGUAUUCAGAUCAAAUAGUCAAUAUAGUGUAUUCAGGCAGAGUAAUUAUAUAGAUUUGAUAAGUUAAGAGUCCAGGUUUAUGGUUGUCUUUAUUAUGCACAUUCAGAAGUUCUAUAUGUUGUACUGAGAAUAGGAAUUAAAAAUGCUAUUUCCAAUUUUAUUGUACCUGUACAAAUAACUUAAAAGUGAUUUAACUUUGUAUGAAACAUUGUUACUUUUGAACAUCUUUUACAUUCACCCACAGAAAGUAGUUUUGCUCUUAAAAUUGUUACAUUCCCCCUUAUGGAAUUGCAUAUUCACAUUCCUUGUGUGGUUUGUAUUUCGUUCUGAAUUUCUCAGGGGUAAAGAGAUAUUAUAUAAUGGGGUUAGAAAGUAUAAUAACAUCUUAAAUAUCUAUAUCUGGAUGUAUCCUGGCAUUCUUAUGUAUCUAGAACUAUUUUAUAUGAUAUAAUCACCGAAUUACAGUAGCAAGCUAGGAUACAUUUAGAAUUUUUGAACUCUUCUAUUUUUGUUGCAUAUGUUAUACUAUUCUGAUUUCUUCCCUUGCUGUGAACAUAGAAUAUACUUUGCAAGAUUUUAUUAAAUAAAUAUAACACUGUU